AUGUCGUUGGCGACUCCGUUAUAUAAAUUGAGUGAAAUCCAGCGAAAAUCUGUCUAUGAACCAGCCGAAGACACUUUUCUUCUCUUAGACGCAAUUGAGAACGAUAUACAAUGGUUGCGUGAUCUCCAUCCUCAAAUUGUUCUGGAAAUUGGUUGUGGCUCAGGAGUUGUAUCCGCAUUUUUGAAUCGCGCUUUGGGUGGAAAUGCAACAUCGCUCGCCACUGACUGUAAUCCACAUGCGCUCGAGUGUACUGUGCAGACCGGAAAGUUGAACGACGUCGAGAUAGAAGUGAUCAGAACGGAUCUCGACAACGGGUUAAAUCAGUUGGAGAACAAAGUCGAUGUUCUACUUUUCAAUCCGCCAUAUGUACCAACCGAUAAAAGGCCUGAGAACGAUCUGGAGCGAUGUUGGGCUGGUGGGCUGCAUGGUCGUGGGGUUAUGGAUCGUCUGCUACCGAGAGUUCCGCAUUUGUUGUCGGAUAAUGGUGUUUUCUACCUUGUCGCUUUGCACUCGAACGACGUACCGAAACUGCUUACGGCCUGCUCGGACCUUCAAGGAAUUGUUACUAUGGAACGGCGAUGUGGGAUCGAAUAUCUGUAUAUAAUUAAGUACACCAAAAAAUAG